UGAAAUUUUCAGAUGGAUCAGUGCAAAGUAUGCCAAAUGUUGUGAAGUGCAUGGGUUCUGCCGAUAUAAUUCAGCAGUACAAAGCUUAUUGUCAAGAAAACAACAUUAUGCAAUUAGGAGAUAGCACAAUGUUCAGGAUUCUUGAACAAUGUGGUGCCCAAGUCAGAAAGAGUCUUGAAUGUCUAGACUACUUUGUUGCUGAAGGAGGACGUGCAUUUGUAACUCUGCAAGAUGUCAUUGACAAGCUGCUGAGUUAUCAAGUGAUUUCUGGUGACCAGCAGAAGGAUUAUCAGGCUCUGCUCUUACAGUCUAAACAGUAUCUAAGAACAGAUUUCAAGAUACAUGUCUCACAUGGAAGUGAAGAGGCAGAUCACUGUAUGGUUCAUGCCUUGAGCGAUGCAAAAGAGGGAACCUUCAUGGAGGAAUGUAGACACUGCCAUGAUAUGGGUUGUGAAAGCUGUGAGCAGUUGAAGGACCUUUUGACAUUUCUGGAGAACAUCUUUUCUAAUUCUUCCAUAAUUGCAGCAGGAGAGGAAAUAAAUGAUCUUCGUUUCAAGGUUCAGAGAGCAACUGAGAGUAUUUGGAACUUAAAAAAACAUGCCAUACGAUGCAAAAAUCAGGAUCAAGCCAAGCGGAUCUCUUUGCAAACAUGCCCACUAGUGUAGUUUUGUUGAUCUGUGACUGGGCAAUGAAAUUCCUGCCCCGCAAGUUUAGAGAGGACCAAUGUGACUGGUUUGGGAAAAGAGGAAUUCCAUGGCAUAUUUGUAUGGCUUUCUGUAGAAAGGAUGAUGGCAGCAUUGGGAGUCUAGGAUUUAUACAUUUCUUUGCAAAUCAAAUCUCUCAGGACAGUAGUGUCACUGUCAGGGUGAUCAGUGACGUCAUGAAGCAGAUUCAGGGAAUCCAAGCAGAAAACCUGAAGUUUCAUCUAUGGUCUGACAAUGCAGGGUG